CGAUGGAAUACCGCCUAAGGGACCGGUCGUUAAUAAGUGGUUAAUAAGAAGCGCAUUGUUUAGAGAUGCAAUUUCCUGUUGAUCUCGGAAAUUUCUGCAAAACUGUAUAUUUCUACUUAUGUCUUUUCAGUGAUUGAAAUAUUAUAUUGUGCGGGUACAGGGAACUCAUUGAACCAGACAACGUAUCGGUUGUAUCGCGGAACGGUAGUGGACUUUAUAGUGGUGACAAAUGUCGAGGAUACGCAACCAGGAUUGGAACAGUCUAAUAUACGACUUUGAAAGAUUCGUCCAUAUCUAUAUGCCUGCAUAAUACCUGUAACCGUAAUGAAAUUUGCUAAAAAGAUCAUCUAAAUGAAGAAAGAUCAUAAAGCAGGUACAAUGGGAAGCAUAAAUGUAUUGAAUAAACUCGCCUGUACUAUCGUCGUGCAGCUCGUGGUACUGCACAAUGUCCAAACGAUUAGGCUUCACAGUGAUGUAUCUGUAAUCGACGUUGAUACUAUGUCACGUGUAAGCUGGGUUUUUGGUGAUUCUAAUGGAGCAUCGGCGAGAGUAAAAAGAGGGUUAGGUCAUCCACGUAAAUCGGAAUAUCCUAUUAGUAAUAAGAUUUUGAUCGAUGAACCCGAGUGUCAAGAGGACCUUGGACGGCUCUGUGGAAUGAUGCAUAAAAGUAACGAUGACCUCUCCGUUCUUGAAUGUAUACAGACUUUUAAGGCUAACGAGGUGUCAAGUAUUAAUGAUGAGUGUCAGCAUAAAAUUUGGACUCAUAUAGUUAACCUUACAAAUGAUGAGAAUGUGCAAAGGUUAACUAAAAAGACAUGUGGCAAUAAAUUGGACGAUCUACGAUGCACUCCGAGUCCUGGGAAUGAAGUUGGAUAUUUGUCCUGUUUAAUUGACAAGAAAGAAGAGAUAAAAGAUCCACGAUGUCACGAUUACAUUCAACGCCUUGCUUGGGUUGCCUUUAGUGACUAUCGAAUCAUAACUUAUUUUGUGACCGAUUGCUUUAAUGAUAUCGAUAAGUUUCAAUGCGGCAGAAUACAGCCAGCAAAAUACAAAGACAUAUCUGAAGGUUUGACGAUAGCUUGUUUGCAAAGGCACGUGGAGAAACUUGAACCUCAGUGCAGGAAACGUAUUUUGCACGUAUCUGAAAUUCAAGCAGAUAAUAUUAAAUUAGAUCGCCAAUUGUAUAUGUCCUGCACACAAGACCAUAUUAAAUUCUGUCCAAACAUUCGCCCAGGUAGCGGACAAGUUUAUAAGUGCCUCAUGCAGCAUAAAACAGAUCGCUCCAUGACCAAGCAGUGUCAAGAUCAGUUAGCAAGGCGAGAAAAAUUGAUAGCUUCCGAUUAUAAAGUAAGCAAAGGAUUGGUUAGGGCCUGCAAAGAAGAUAUAAAAAACAAUCACUGCCGAAGGUCAGUUUCAGAAGAUAAAGAAAUUAGACUUGCUCAAAUAUUGCUUUGCCUCGAGGCUGCUGUAAGAAAUGGCAGUAAAGUUGCUUUUGAUUGUCAAGCUGAGAUGUUUGAUCAUAGGAAAAUUUUAAUGGAAGAUUAUAGACUCUCGCCUGAAAUUGUUGAUGGAUGCGCCAACGAUAUUUCAAUGUUUUGUAAUGGUCUCGAAGUUGGUGGUAAAACUAUUCACUGUCUUAUGGAGCAUACUCAAACGAGAAAGAAAAAAUCAAGGAUAUCAGCUGUAUGCCAAAGAGCUUUAGAAGAUCUAAUCAAGGAGACCGAUGCUGGAGAAGACUGGAGAGUAGAUCCAGUUCUGCGGGAGGCUUGUCAACCAGUGGUUGAUAUAGCAUGCAAGGAUGUACGUGGUGGUGAUGCUAGAGUUAUUUCUUGCUUAAUGGAUAAAAUAGGAACAGAGCUAAUGACGGAGGCUUGUGAAACUGCUCUUGUCCAAGUACAGUACUUUGUUGCCAGAGAUUUUAAGCUUGAUCCUCAAUUAUAUCGAGCUUGCAAACUGGAUGCAGUGCAUUUCUGUCAUGCAAAGAGUCUCUGGAUAAAUGAAGGGAGAGAUACAGAACCAGAAAGAGGUCCUUUAGUAUUAUCUUGCUUGUAUAGGUAUGCAUAUCAUCCCCAGAAAAAUAUGACGUUAAAGACUCAGUGUUUGGAAGAAAUUAGAAGAGUAAUGAGGCAAAGAGCUAUUAACGUAGAUUUACAACCUGAAGUUGAAGAACUUUGCCUUAAUGAAUUAGCUACAUAUUGUUAUGAUAAAACCGCCAAAGGAGAAGAAAUUUUGUGUCUCCAAGAUAAUCUUGAGAAAUUACACGAAGGAUGUAAACUGGCUGUCGGUAAUCUGACCGAAGAACAAGCAGAACGCAUUGAAUUAAAUCCUGUUAUCACUGCAGCUUGCCAACAUGUCAUGGAUCGUCAUUGUGGGGAAGUACUCAAGUUUGGUAAGGAUGAAGGUGAUCUGAUGGAAUGUCUUAUCGAACACAAAAACGAUCUUGAUGUUCGGUCUGAUUAUAAGUGUAAAGCAGCAGUCGAACAUUUUCAAUUAAUUACCUUGAAGAGUUACCGUUUCACAUAUAAAUUUAAAGAAGCUUGCAAACCCUACGUAAAAAGAUGGUGUCCCAAGCCUGAGACCAAAGCUGACGUAAUUGAAUGUCUGAGUUCGAUUAUACAGGACGAUAUAAUCAGAGAUACGCAGCACCGAAUACCAAAAGAUUGCCGACAACAAUUGAAGGCACAGUUAUAUCAGCAGAGAGAAAAUAUUCAGUUUGAUCCUGUUUUACAAAGAUCAUGUGUAAUGGAUAUCGAAAAAUUUUGCUACAACAUAGAAGCAGGAAACGCACAGGUUCUUGAGUGUUUAACUUCUCAUAAACGAAUGCUGACUGAUACAUGCCACAAGCAACUAUUUAAACGACGUAAGGAAGAAUUUCAAGAUAAUUCAAGUGACUUUGCUCUACUAAAUACGUGCCGUGCCAUGGUCCGGUUGUUUUGCCACGAUGUGGACCAUUCUCAGGCAUUGGAGUGCCUGAAGCGAUAUAAAGACGAACCGACAUUCGACGAUAAAUGUAGAGACAUCGUUGUUAAACGAAUGAUCGAGCAGAACACUGAUUAUAGAUUUAAUGCUGCAUUACAAAAUGCUUGUUCAUUAGAUUACAAUAAGCACUGUAAAGAGGUUUUAAUCAAUGAGCCAAAGGACCGAGAACUCGAAGGAAAGGUCAUCGAAUGUCUUAGGUUGAAAUUCCGAGAAGCAAAACUAACAAUAAAAUGUGAACAUCAACUAGCCAACAUCCUCCGAGAAGCAGCUUUGAAUUAUCGUUUAAAUGCGCGCUUAGCAGAAAUGUGUGCUCGUGAGAUCGAGACAAUAUGCCGAUCAGAAGAGGUCGAUCCUGGUACAGUCGAGGAGUGUCUUAAAUCUGAAUUUAAUAUGGGAAAUAAGGAAAUGAGAGAACAAUGUCGAUUAGAGGUAGUUGAUCUCAUUGACGAAGCUAGAGCAGAUAUCAAUGUAGAUCCUUUUCUUGAAAGAGCCUGUGCCGUAGACGUCAGUAAAUAUUGCAGUAGUAUACCACAGGGAGCAGGAAGGCACAUUAUGUGCCUGCAAAAUGUGAUUAAAGAUGAUAAUAAGUCUCUACAACCAGAAUGUAAAAAGAUGUUAACGAUAAGAAUGGAAAUGUUCAAAAAUGCUGCCAAGUUAAGAGCUCCAGAUACCGUAAACGAGUGGAUUUCGAUGGUCAAUCGAUCCUCAUCUAAAAGAUACUUCAUCGUUACAGCAUUUACGAUGAUCGGAAUUAUCUUCAUUAUCGGUUUGUUCUGUGGUAGGGUGACCCGACGUACAAUGAUGAUGAAGAAGAAAUGA